AUGUCAAUUCCAUCAUUACCAUUCAAAGUUAAAACUAAAAUAUCAUGGCCAGGUGAAGAAUCUGGUGAUUUAGGUUUUAUGGAAAAUGAAAUGAUUCAUGUAUUAUCAAUAGUUGAUGAAAGUUGGUGGAGUGGGAAAUUGAGAAGAAAUGGAGCUGAAGGUAUUUUUCCAAAAGAUUAUGUUGAAAUUUUAGAAGAUAAACUGUCAAAUAAUUCAUCAAAUUCAAAUUUAGCAACACCUAUUAAAAAAAAUAUCAAUGGGAGUUUCAACAACAUUCAAAAUACAAAAAAUGAUAAUUCAAUGAUGAAUUAUAAACUUGGUAAUUUUUCAUCCAAUGAUAUGCCUACGCUGCAAUCUUAUGAUAGAUUUAAUCAAACAUUUGAUGGACAACCUUCACGAUCCAAUAAGUUAAACAAUAACUCUAAUAAUAGGUGGUCUUUCAACGAGCAUGCAAAUAGAAGAAGUUUGCAACACGAUGAUCUUGAAAGAGAGCACGAAAUUGAAUACUUUAAACGUAUGCAACAACAACAAAACUAUCAUAUAAAAUCACCAAAUAUUCAAGAUCAACGAAGGAUUCAACAACAUAAUCAAUCAGACCCAAAUUUAUUAAAACAUCAUCAUUCUCAGCAAAAUUUCACAAGUCCCAAAUUUAAAUCUAAUUCAUAUGUUGGGAUAAAUGAUCCUAAUAUCGCAUCUCAAAUGUAUCCCCUGUCUCCAUAUUCAAGAAAAAGUAAUAGAGUUCCAAAAGAGCAAGAGAUUUUAAAAGAAUAUGAAGAGAUAGCUAAAAAAAGAGCUGAGUUAGAAAUUGAGUUACAAAGAUUGAAAAGAAAUAAUGAACAACAAGCAUCAAUAAAAUCACCAUCACCUUCACCUAAUAAAAGAUCAUCACCUACAAGAUCAAAGGAUGAUUAUUCAAUUGAUUCAUAUGGAACUAUGAAUGAUGAAAAACGAUACCAAUCUAGAGAUGAUCUUAGUAAGAAAAUGUCAAAAUACAUUUCAGAUGAAGAUGAAGAAAAAGAUCAUACAUUGCUAAACUAUAUGAAUCGUGAAUCAGAUAAUGAAUCUCCUCCACCUCCACCUCCUCCAAAACAUUCAAUGAUUGGAAAUAAUUAUGAAUUGACCAAAUCUCAAAUGAGAAUACCUUUCGAUGGUGAUGAUUUUAAAAUUUCAAGUAAUCAAGAUCACAAUAAUAACAAUAAAUUAUUUAAUGAAGAAGAUUAUAAAAAAUUAUAUUUACAACAAGAAGAAUUAAAAAAUUCAAUAAAAUCAUUACAGAGUGAUGUCAUGAAUUUAUCAGAAUUAAGUGCAACAAGUGCUGGAUCUUUUAUGAGACAUAAAUAUGAAAAAGAAUUUCAAGAAAGUUCAUUAAACAUGAGUAAACUCAAAUUAAAUGAAGAAGUCGAAGAAGAAAGUGAAGUUGAUGAAGAUGAACUUGAAAAAUUAGAAUUAAAAUCAAAUGUAAUGGAAUCAGUAUUUGAAGAUAGAAAAAAAAACAAUAAUAUAUUUAAAAAAUUAUUAAAAAAAUCAACUCAUGAACAAUUAAAUCCAAUGGAAAGAAAAUUACAAUUACAAGAUGAAAUAGAUAUUGCAACUUAUAAAAUGGAUAUAAACAGAAUGAAUUCUUUAACAUCAAAAGAAAAACAAUUAAGAACUAAAAGAGUUGUUAGAAAAGAAGGUAAUUUAGUAAUUAAACCAUUAGAUUAUGUUUCAGAAAUAAAUACUAAUGAAACAACUCAAUUACAUGGAGGAGGUGAAGAAGAAGUGAAUAUAGAAGACAUAGAUUUUACCAAUAUUAAUUAUGAUAAAGUUGAACAUUUUGUAUCAAAUUAUGAAAUGACUCAUGAUUUAAAUGAUUUUAUUUCAGAUGUUUCAAUGAAAUUUUAUACAUCAAAUUUAAAUAAAAUAAGAGCAAUAUUAUUACAUUUAUGUAAAAUUAAAAUUAUAGAAGAAUCAUCAACUAUACUGCAACAAAAACCAAAAUUAAUAGAUAUUCAAUUAAAAAAUGAAGCAUCAAUUUUUCAAAUUAAUUAUAUUUUUAAAAAAAUAUUAGAUGCUUUAAAAAUACCAUGUGAAAUUGUAUUAGGAUUUUGGAAAAAACCAAAUGAAUUUUAUCAUAAUGAACAAUAUGUAAUUAAUCAUUGUUGGUUAUCUGUAUUAAUUCAAAAUCAAUUUAAAUUAAUUGAUAUUUUAAAUUUUCAAGAACCUGAAAUUUGUAAUUUAAUUGAUAAAAAAUAUAAUGAAUUUUAUUUUUUAUCAAAACCAUUAAGUUUAAUUUCAACUCAUAUACCUUCAAUAAUUGAUUUACAACAUGUUAUGCCACCAAUUGAUCCAAGUAUUGCAUUUUAUUUACCAAGAACUUAUUCAGGUUUUUAUUUAAAUAAUUUAUCAAUUUUAAAUUUUAAUAAUGCUUUAACAAGAUUAAAAAAUUCAGAAAUUUUCGAAAUUGAAAUUUAUAUACCAAUAAAUAUUGAAAUUUUUACAUUAAUUAAAACUUCAAAUUUAACAACAAAUGAUUUAACAUUAUGUCAAAUUAAAUGGAUAAAUAACAAAAGAAUUGCCAAAAUAAAAGCUAUAUUACCUAAAAAUGAAUCAAUUGGAGUAUUACAAAUUUUUUCAGGUCAAAAGGGAUUACAAAAACAUUUUAAUAAUAUUCAUCAAUUAUCUAUUGUUAUACCAUUAAUUCAUGAAGGUAAAGAAUUCCCCAAAUUAAAAUUUGUUCAAAGAUUUCCAACUGUUCAAAGUUUAAAUAAUGAUUUAUAUAUAAUAAAACCACAAUCAAAUAAAAUUAUAUUUAAAAAUUCUUAUCAAUUUGAAAUUGAACAGUUUCCAAGUUUUGGAAUUACUAAUAAUUCAAUGAUGAUGAUACAAGAUUUUAAAAUUGUUAUUGAAUCUCCAUCAGGUAAAUAUUUUAAAUUAAUUAAAGAACAAGAACAAGAUCAAGAAAUUGUACAAAAACCUUUUGGUAAAUAUGUUUCAAAUAUUAAAUGUCAAGAAAUUGGAUUAUAUAGAGGUUUAGUUAUUGGUGAUAAUGGUAAUAGUUGGUAUGUAUUUGCUCAAUGGGAAUCUGUUAAUGAAAAUGGAUUAAGAUAG